AAAGCUGCGCAAAUUGCCCGGAGCACAUGCAAGUCGGACGAAAUUUGCUUGAAGCUGACUCCGAACAAUCUGCAAAAUUCAAAAGCCGUAUUGUUUGUGUCGUCCUCGGAUGUAAGCAGAGAUAUCGCCCCGGAAUUUCUUUUCAUGCCUUCCCUCCGAAAACGGACAAAUCGCGGUAUCUAGACUGGAUCCAACGACUUCGGCUAAAGAUAGAACCUACAAAAACCUCCCGUAUUAGUAGCCUCCAUUUCACCGUGUCGAACUUCUACUCUCCAACAACAAGCCGUGCCACUGAUCGCUUAAUUCUUAGGCCAUCAGCAGUUCCCGACUUGAAUUUGCCACAACCUCCCAUCAGCGAAGCCAGGAAAAGACUUAUUGAGGGCCGUGCUGAACGUGCUGCAAACCGUGCCAAAGUUGGGGCAGCGAUGGACCAGAGACAUGAUACACCAAACCUUUCAGAUCUUGCCAUAGAUGCUGAAUGUGCAGAUCAUCCCGAAGUCUGUGUUUCUACAGUAGAGAAAGCAGUUCAGGUAGACACUACGGAUUUGGAUAAACUUAAAGUCAAGCGUAUCUCAGCGAUCUCCUUUGGAAGCGAUGACGAUCUUGUAUCAUGGACUGGACUUAAAUCAAGAGAAAUGCUCGAAUCUAUUGUCAAAGCAGUGACUCUCGUGAAGCAGUAUCGUCAAAAGCCUAAAUCUACAGUGAAGCUAGAAGAGGAAAUACCGGAUUCCUGCACAAUAGACAUGUUAAGAAUAUAUUUUUUUAAAUAAAUAGGCCUUUACUAAAGUGUUUCU